CCGGGAGAAAGGUAGGUUGUGGAUAUUCAGAGUCGUAGAGUCGCAAGGAGAACCGUAAGGAGACUGUUUCCAGGAGGAAUAACUCACUUUUCCAGGUUUAGUUCACCCUUCUGGACCCUAUACAAUCCGGAAAACUUGUUCGGUUUUUAAAGGCGAACAUAAAAUGUUGCCUUUUCGCUCGACGGCAGCUCUGAAGGAGUUGCUCCAGAGCCAAUUGAAGUGGCCGGUCAGAGCCGCUAUGAUAGCUUCGCCCGCGGCCGCGGCUGUCCUCAGCUUCGCCUGUCCGCUCAGCGGCUGGAGAGCCCCGCAACCAGGCAGGAAGGCCGGCUUCAGGGGCUUCUGCACUCCGGCGAAGGGACACAGCGAAACCAGCACUGACACCUCCACAGAUAAGAGAAGGAAGGCGGGCAUCCUGCCCAGCCUGGAGGAUCUGCUGUUCUACACCAUCGCAGAGGGACAAGAGAAGAUCCCGGCUCACAAGUUCACCACUGCUCUGAAAUCCACGGGGCUUCGGACCGGAGACCCUCGGCUCAAAGAGUGCAUGGAGAUGCUGAAGGUCACCUUGAAGACGACCUCAGACGGAGCGCUGGACCGACACCUCUUCAAGAAGUGUGUCCAGAGCAACAUCGUCCUGCUGACUCAGGCCUUCAGGAAGAAGUUUGUCAUCCCAGACUUCCAGUCCUUCUCCACCCACAUCAAUGACAUCUAUGACAACGGCAAAAAGCUGUCAGGAGGGCAGGUGGCUGACUACAUUCCCCAGCUGUCUCGCUUCAGUCCCGACCUUUGGGGCGUCGCGCUGUGCACCGUCGACGGACAACGGCACACGAUGGGAGACACCAAGGUCCCCUUCUGUCUGCAGUCAUGUGUGAAGCCGCUGAAGUACGCCAUCGCCGUCCACGACCACGGCACCGAGUACGUGCACCGCUUCAUCGGCAAGGAGCCCAGCGGCCUGAGGUUCAACAAGCUGUUCCUGAACGAGGACGAUAAACCCCACAACCCCAUGGUGAACGCCGGCGCCAUCGUCUGCACCUCCCUCAUCAAGCAAGGAGCCAGCAAUGCAGAGAAGUUCGACUACGUGAUGAACUUCAUGAACAAGCUGGCAGGAAACGAGUACGUUGGCUUCAGCAACGCCACUUUCCAGUCGGAGCGCGAGUCCGGAGACAGGAACUUUGCCAUUGGCUACUACCUGAAGGAGAAGAAGUGUUUCCCUGAAGGAACCGACAUGACCUCCAUCCUGGACUUCUACUUCCAGCUCUGCUCCAUCGAGGUGACCUGCGAGAGCGCCAGCGUCAUGGCCGCCACGCUCGCCAACGGCGGCUUCUGUCCAAUCACGGGUGAGCGCGUGCUGAACCCAGAGGCGGUCCGCAACACGCUGAGCCUGAUGCACUCCUGCGGCAUGUACGACUUCUCUGGCCAGUUCGCCUUCCACGUGGGGCUGCCGGCGAAAUCUGGCGUCGCCGGUGGGAUUCUGCUGGUGGUUCCCAACGUGAUGGGCAUCAUGUGCUGGUCUCCACCACUGGACAAACUGGGAAACAGUGUGAGAGGGAUCCAGUUCUGCACGGAUCUGGUUUCUCUCUGCAACUUUCACAACUACGACAACCUGAGGCACUUCGCCAAGAAGCUGGACCCCCGCAGGGAGGGAGGAGACCAGAGGGUGAAGUCGGUGAUCAACCUGCUGUUCGCCGCCUACACCGGAGACGUGUCUGCCCUGCGCCGCUUCGCUCUGUCCUCCAUGGACAUGGAGCAGAGGGACUACGACUCCCGGACGGCGUUGCAUGUGGCGGCGGCUGAAGGUCACGCUGAGGUGGUCCGAUUCCUGCUGGAGGCCUGUAAGGUCAACCCGGUCCCCAAGGACAGGUGGGGCAACACGCCGAUGGACGAGGCGGUGCACUUCGGCCAUCAUGAUGUGGUCACCAUCCUCAGAGACUACCACACCCAGUACAGCCCUCAGGACGCCGCUGCCACAGCCGCCACCGACUCGCAGAGCGCAGAGAAGAACCUGGAUGGCCUGCUGUGACUUCCUGAAGGCUCCUUCAGUAUAAAAGCACCUCAUCAUGUCUGUUAUCUGUUCUCCCAGUAAAAUAAUCGGUUUUUAUUCCCUCCUUUGGGUCCAACCAUGAAUCAAACGCGCCGGUGCUUUUAUUCUGGAAACAGGAAGUGGAGUAGGCGUUCAUCGUGUGACCCUGACACGGUUUUGUGUUCUGUAUAUAAGACGUGUAAAUAUGUUCAGGUGUUAAACUGUUGUCUCUGUUUUCCUGUAAAACUUCAAUUAUUUCCUCUCUUAUUUCUCUCUACCAUUUGAUCAUGAAGGCGUUUGUACAUAUCAGAAAAGACACUGCCAGACUGAAUGGACCGGUUCUGACCGAGCCGCAGUCAGGAGGCACGAAUAUUCAGGUGACAGGAAGGGUUACCGACGGUAACGACCUUCACCAGAACCAGUAAGACUUACUGGGUGAAGUUCUGGCCCAAGAUUUGGCUGAAUCCUGAAUAUUCUCCCUGCUGAUGCCAUGUUUGAGGUGUGUGUGCGUUUGUGUGUGUUCCACUCAGGAUGCCGAGUCGCUUUCCGAUGCAGAUUGUUUCUGACUCAUACUUGAAGAGUCCGGUUCUGUUUUUGUGCUGACAGUUUGAAACAAUCAUGUUUUUUUUAUUUUUUUUCUCCCAAAUACAAACUUUAAAACAAAAGGAGGAUCAUUUCAGAAGUCGGGUCGUUGGUGACGGAGGAAGCACAAAGUGGUGGCGGAGCUCUUUGGAUCAUGUGACGUUUUGUUUGUCGGUGCAGCUUUCUGAAUGUAACGUGUUUGUUCUGGUUCUUCUUCAUGUGUAUUUAUGCCGCUGCGCCACCAGCAGAUAUUUAUUCACAUCCAAAUAAAAAACCUAACUAUAAAAAAAA